AUGCCGGACAUACUUAGAAUCUCUAAUAUCAUUAAAACGCAUAUCGUUUUCAAUGGACACAAUAAAACUUCAUUGAAAACUUUAGAUCAAUUGAUGAUGUGUGACAAUCUUCCCCUGUACAAAUCAUUGCCUCCGUCGACAAACAUGAAUGCACAGUUUUAUCCCGAACAUGAUGAAGAUAAUGAACACAGAUCUUAUGCAAAUGUCAAACGAAAACUGUCAGACUAUGAAGAUGAUACUUCAUCGAAGCCAACACUUGAUCACAUGUCAACAUCACUCGAUUAUGUGAAUAACGACGAGUCUGAUGAGGAUGACGCGGAUGUUGAAGACGAGGACGAGGACGAUGACGACGACGACGACGAUGGUAGUUCGAGUGAGGAUGACGAAUCACACCAUGUAAAUUCGAAAACAAUGAUAACAACAUCACCUUGUACCAUCAUUCAGCGACGUCACAGUGAUACUAUUCAAUCAUCUUAUUGUACACCGAUAGUCAAACGCCGUUGUACAUAUUCAUCCAUGCAUGAUGAUGAACAGAAACGCUCUGUACUCGUGGAAUCCUAUCGGAAACUUCGUGGUGUGAAGAAACCAAAACUGCAAGUUAGUCUCUUGAUAUGUAAUCUAAUAAAACGAUUAGAGAAAACAUUCACCAAAACUCCUCCACUCAGACAAGAAGAACAAGAACAUGUACAGUAUUAUCAAUCUCAUCGAACAACAUAUCGUUCAUCGUCAUCAGAUAGUCUUUAUAUGUCUCCAUUAUCAUCAACAUUAGUAAAUGAUGAAAUCGAAACUAUUAAUCAACAGCAACAACAGUAUACUUCUUCUUCUUCUUCCCAUUCAUCGACUUAUGAUUCGGAUAAAGUAUUAUUACCAGUCAAUGAUCUGAGAACAUCGCCAUCAAUGUAUCACCCAUCAACGACGGAUGCGUACUGGCUUGCUCAAACCAAUUUUGCCGUACCUGUUGUGUCAAUAUCGGAUGACGAUGAUGUUGACGUCUCACUACAUGGUGGGGGUGAUUAUCUUGAUUUAAGUGAUAAUACACUUUCGUCUUCCUUUUCUUCUUCUUUACCAAAUGAUUGUUGUUGUUCGUCACCAUCUUCCACAACAAUACUUAAACAUCUUGUCGAUACAAACAAUAAUACUAAUACCAACGAUGAUUAUUUCAUCUACCAUGAUCAUCAUCAUCAACAUCAACACCAUCAUCACCAUCAUCAGUCGUUAGCACACAGUGGACAGACAUUUUUCUAUCCACAUAACGGAACUAAUACCAUUGAUAUCAUCACGACAGCAUGA